UACCGGUUCACACCACAGAAGAACAGUGUUACAUAGUGAUCAACAUACAACCAGGAGAAAGGGUGUUACAGGUUUUGUUAUCAUCAUAAUUAUCGAAUCUGAAUAACGUUUAUAGUCAGUGCGCCCUCCGUCACAUGUCGGAGGUCUUCUGUUGAAGAGCGGGAGCCUGGCGUGAUUCACGUCUCCGCUGGAGUUUGUUAGCGGAGGGCUCGUGGGCUCCAGUGGCGGGCUCGUGGGCUCCAGCCUGAACCCAACACCCUGGUUCACCCGGCGGUCCACAAGCGUGCCUUGUUUAACGUAACUAGGUGGUGAAGGGAGCAGCUCCACGGGGGAUGGAGGACCCUUCCUCCAGGACUGCUCAUGAUGGACCCCCGGGGCAGGUAGCCAGAGGUGGCUCGAAAUCAGGGGGGCCUGCUGCUCAUGGUGGACCCCCGGGGCAGGCAGCCAGAGGCGGCUCGCACUCAGGGGGGCCUGCUGCUCAUGGUGGACCCCCAGGGCAGGCAGCCAGAGGCGGCUCGGACUCAGAGACGGACGUUACCAGGGAAAUUAAAACACACUUCCGUGUCUGUCGCUUUAUCAUGGAAUCAGGGGUGAAGCUGGGGAUGCGCUCCGUGCCAGUGGCCACGGCCUGUGAGCUGUACCACCGGUUCUUCGAGUGCGUCAGCCUGCGGGUGUACGAGCCCUACCUGGUCGCUAUGAGCUGUGUUUACCUCGCGGGCAAAGUGGAGGAGCAGCACCUCCGGACACGGGACAUCAUCAACGUCAGCCACAGGUGACCUGCUGCGCUCUGUGUUUAGACCCACUACUGGACACUUUGGCUCCUCCGUUUCCAUCGCUGUCAAUGGUCCCCCGUGAUGGUGUUGACUUUAUCCAGUCUUUAAAGACCGCUAGGUAACGUUGAUCCUCCAGGCUCCUAAGAAGGCCUCACUCAGCAUGUCUUGACAACGUCCCCUCUCUCAGUGUUCAGUAGUCGGAUGUUAUUGACAGACGGGCGAAGAGAUUAGGUUGAGUCAAACGAUCAGUGUAAGAAAGGAUCUGAUAGGAAGGGGGAAUAGCCAGGAGGGACAUGUAGUCACCUGGACACAGAGAGGAGAGUCUAGAUAAUAAAUUGCCGCUAUGAUAAAUAAACACUUUUGGAUGUUUUUCA